AUGGGUGUGGUUUUCUACGAAAUGUGGCGUCAACCUUUCUUUACGGCCAUGGAGCGGGCCCAAGUGUUGGGCAAAAUGGCGUUGGGGCUCUCGUCGCCAGACAGAAUCAAGGAGGCGCAAGAGCUGCUUCCAGAGGCACCUCCAGAGGCAGCCAAGGUGCUGGCUUCCCUUUUAGCCACUGACCCUGGGGCCCGGAGCACCAAGAUGGACAGUUGGAGUUGGAGCCUGGAAAGGCUGAACCGUUCUGGUCUCCUACCUUCAGGGGCCUUUGAUCCGCAGGUGCAGCGAGUUCUGCAGGCGCUGGAGGAUCCAAGCUCGUCUGAGUCAGUAGCCUUGCUACAGGUGCUCUGCAGAGACAUCAGAGUAGCGGCGUAG